CGCAGCACUCCGCCUGCUCCUCUGGCUCGGCUCGGCUCGGCUCGGCUCGGCUCGGCUCGGCUCGGCACGGAGGGAGACAUGCACACCACGCUGCUCAGCAUCCUGGGGCUGGCCCUGCUCGGGGCACUGCACGCGCAGGACGGCGUCCCCGUGCAAACCGACUUCCAGCAGGACAAGUUGACAGGGAGAUGGUACAGCAUCGGCCUGGCCUCCAACUCCAACUGGUUCAAGGAGAAGAAGCACCUGAUGAAGAUGUGCACCACGGUCAUCUCUGCCACCGCAGACGGGAACCUGGAAGUCACCUCCACCUACCCCAAGGGUGACCAGUGCGAGAAGAGGAACAGCCUCUACACCAAGACAGAGGAGCCGGGACGGUUCAGCUACACCAGCCCACGCUGGGGCAGCAAGCAUGACAUCCGCGUGGUGGAGACCAACUAUGAGGAGUACGCCUUGGUGGCCACCCAGAUCUCCAAGAGCACCGGCUCCUCCACCAUGGUGCUGCUCUACAGUCGGACAAAGGAGCUCAGUCCCGAGCGCCUGGAGAGAUUCACCCAGUUCUCCAGGGAGCAGGGUCUGACGGACGAAGAGAUCCUCAUCCUGCCCCGGACGGACAAAUGCAUGGCAGACGCUGCCUAGGCAGACCCGCCGGCUGCUGCCCGCCGGAGCCCGAGAGCACCGCGAGUCCCGUCCCGUCCUGUCCCCAGCACGUCCCCCAGCACCGCAGCAGCCUUCGCUCCCCGCCUUCACACCCCACGCCUGCACCCCCGUCCCCAUUAAAGCCCAUAUAAAACCA